AUGAACACGACUAACCAGACAAGCAGCAUAAGCAAGAGACGGAUGGAGUUCAUGAACCGCAGUCUUGCUACCAUCGCUGUAGAGACAAGUAUCUUACUCCUUAUUGCACUGAUUGCCAUUGGAGGAAAUCUUCUGGUAGUAAUCUCCAUCUAUCGUAAUCGCAGCCUUCGUACCAUCACUAACUACUUCGUACUCUCGCUCGCGAUGACUGACAUUCUGUUUCCAACCCUAAGUUUGCCUCUCAGUCUCUAUUGGUCGAUACAGGACCGAUUUACUUCCACGCCUGGUACAUGCGAGUUUCAAGCUGUAUUAAACACCAGUCUAGUAUGGGUCUCUGUUAGCAAUCUUCUCUUCAUGGCCAUCAAUCGGUUUGUUCGCGUCUGUAAACCUCAGAAAUACAAAAAGGUGUUCAGCAGGAAUAAAGCUUUGAUCAUGAUCGUUGUUAUCUGGGUUGGAAGCUUUUUCUCGAGUGCGCUUUAUCUAAAAGGGGGGCUUGAAUUGGUGCGCGCGCGGUUUAAUCCAUCCAAUAUUGCUUGUAGGUACGUUUAUCAAGCAACAAAUGUAAUAUCAAUGAUAAUAACGAAUAUAACCAUUUGUCUCGCCCUCUUUUUACCAUGCGCCACUAUCUUUUAUUGCUACUUAAAAGUUUUCAUGAAAAUUCGCGAACACAAGAAAAACAUCGCUCCUGCCUCCAACCCAAACAGUCUGGGCACAAGUAUACAGGAAAUCAAGGUCACGUGGACUGUGUUUUCAGUUUUGAUUGGUUAUUUACUUACGUGGAUUCCUGCUCUCCUUCUUGCAUUGACAAUUAACUUGUUUUUUGAGAGAGUUAAGGUUCCUCGUCAGGUUCGCAUGAUAACGAUAUACUCUGCAUCUAGCAGUUGUGCCAUCAACCCUGUAAUAUAUGGGCUAAUGAAUCCAGGCUUUCGACAAGAAUGCAAAAAAAUAUUCAAACUGAUGUGA